UCAACCAAGACUGAAAUGGUAAACAAACCCACAAAAAACUGAGUUGAAUCUUUGCUGUUUUGAGGAGUAGGUAGCUGGCAAAUAUAAUUAAAUGUCCGAAUUAUAUUAACUUUUAAGAAGUAAACUGAUCCGAUUAUCAUUAUCAGCUUUGUAAUGUGUUUUUUAGACAGCUAAUUUAGCUAGCUAGCAGGUAGCCAACGUAGCUAAGUUAACGUCGCCAACGAACUAAACAUCCAAGUGCAUACAUUGUUGAGUUGGUUAGCUAGCUACGGUUUCAUUACAUGUCCGAAUUAUUCAGUUCUAAAUAAAGCUGACGUUAACUUUCAACUUUUUGCAGGGGAAGAUGUGUAAUUUAAUAGACUUGCCUACGGAUAACGUUGGAAACAUUGGAAAAACAGCUUUUCUUUUGUAAUUAACGAAGGAUUUGUAUUUAUUUUCUAACGAUAUAAUUUAAAAAAAAAUCAGUACCAUGUCUUUAUACUCGAUACCAAAGAAAAAGCACACAGCUUUUGAUGACAAUUUCUUGACACCAAGGGACCCUGACACGAAAGACCGAAAAGCGUCAAAGAUAAGCGUUGAGGAAGUUGCGCGAGAAAAUAUGAAAGGUGACGAUACGAGAUCUUUGGAUAAAACCAAGGAGCUAAACACGACCUAUGUUAUCUCUGGCCUGUCAAAAAGCAGAGGUCAGAUGAAUGGCACGCCCGCUCUGGGACGACUCGCCCUUCAGAGGAGGAAAACGGCUGCUAACGGCGACAAAACGAUGAGUGAAAACACUAUGGAAAUCACUCCGAACAGCACACCUGUAUCUGAGAAAACACUGACGUUGCAACGCCGAACCAGAACAGGUUCAAUUGACAAAAGCGCAAGUAAUGACAUCAGCAAAGCAGAGGGAUCGAGACAACGCUGGGUCAGCGGUACCGACUCUAAUCAGUCUAAAGUUCUCUCUGAAUCAAACCCCCGAACGUCAGGAAGUGCAGGUGUAUUGCGGUCAUUUAGUCUUAGGGACACCUCAUCUAAAAGUAAAUCAAGAGAAGCAGUUAACCUUUUAAACACCCCAGCUAAAGGAGUUGAAAGGUUUCCAUCUAGAUUUGUGCCAAAACAGCCAGCAACCCCGGGUAAAGUAGACGUGACAAAACCAGAGGACCAGACCAAAACUUUUUCAACACCCACGAGAAAGACUCCAUUCGAGAAAAUCAAGGCAAAGAAGGAUGCCUUUGAGAGGUUGGCUGGGAAAAAGGUCCCAAAAGUGGUGGCUGUAAAAACGGCAAGCCUAGAGAGGCCAAAGACGCACGCACAGGUGACUGUGGAGGCUGCAAAGCCUGGUUCAACUCACCAUUCUAACAAGUUUCCGCUCAGUAGUCAAGGAGCAAACGUGGCCUCGAAAUUUUCGCCAGCGCAGGUGAGAAAGAACUCAAUCCAUGGCGAUGUAUGCGUGGCAAGGUCCUCUACCCCUGCACCAGCAACCGCUGUCAAGACCGAGCCUUUGGUCCGAUCCAAACCGGAUACCCUGAAGAUGGAGAACAGUGCUGUGACAGUUGCGGUCCGAGUGAGGCCAUUCAACACCAGGGAGAAGACAGAGAAAGCAUCGCAGGUGGUCUUCAUGGAUAACCAGGAGACUGUUGUACACCAUCCAGACACCAAGCAGAGGCACUCCUUCACAUAUGACUUCUCCUUCUGCUCUGUUGAUAAAAGCGACCCUGGCUUUGCCAGCCAGCAGACGGUGUAUGAAAAACUGGCCAAGCCUCUUCUGGAGAGGGCCUUUGAGGGGUUCAACACCUGCCUGUUUGCUUACGGCCAAACUGGGUCGGGGAAGUCCUACACUAUGAUGGGUUUCGGGGAGGAGGCGGGGGUAACGCCAAGAUUCUGCGAGGAGCUCUUUUCUCGGCUGUCUGCAGUUGAAAAUCAGGAGGUCACAUGUCAUCUGGGGAUGAGCUACUUCGAGGUGUACAACGAGAAAAUCCAUGACUUGCUCGUCGUCAGGGAUGAACAAAACCACAAGAGGUUGCCUCUGAGAGUGAGGGAACAUCCAGUCGACGGGCCUUACGUUGCUGAGCUUUCCACGAACGUGGUGAGCUCCUAUGAGGACAUUCAGGGUUGGCUGGAGCUUGGGAACAAGCAGCGAGCCACUGCAGCCACAGGCAUGAACGACAAGAGCUCCCGAUCCCAUUCUGUCUUCACCCUGGUUAUGACCCAGACCAAGACGGAGUUUGUUGAGGGGGAAGAACAUCACCACAGGAUCACCAGCAGGAUCAACCUGGUGGACUUGGCCGGCAGCGAGCGUUGCUCCUCAACCCAGACCAGCGGAGACCGCCUCAGGGAGUGUGCCAGCAUCAACAAGUCCCUGCUGAGCCUGGGGAAGGUGAUUUCUGCCCUGUCAGAGCAGGCCCGGACUAGGAGGAAGGUCUUCACCCCCUACAGGGAGGCUGUGCUCACAUGGCUGCUGAAGGAGAGCCUGGGCGGAAACUCCAAGACGGCCAUGAUCGCCACGCUGAGCCCGGCGGGCAGCAACGUGGAGGAGAGCCUGAGCACGCUGCGGUACGCCAAGCAGGCCCGCAUGAUCAUCAAUGUGGCCAAGGUCAACGAGGACACCAACGCCAGACUCAUCAGAGAGCUGAAAGCUGAGGUAGAGAAGUUACGGGCGACCCAGACGAGCUCCCAGGGCAUCAAGCCAGAGAAAAUGCUCCUCUUCCAGCAGGAGAUCGUGGCUCUGAAGAGCCAGCUAACGCAGCAGGAGAGACAGAUGGCCGAGGCCCACAGAGCAUGGAGAGAGAAGCUGGAGCAGGCGGAGAAACGCAAACACGAGGAAACCAAAGAAUUACAGAGAGCGGGCGUCACGUUUGCGGUGGACAACCGACUGCCCAAUCUUGUGAACCUGAACGAGGACCCACAGCUGUCGGAGAUGCUGUUAUACAUGAUUAAGGAGGGACAGACCAAGGUCGGCCAGCACAAGUCGGAGUCCGCCCACGACAUCCAGCUGUCUGGGGCCCUUAUCGCCGACCGCCACUGUGUCGUUUCCAAUGUAAACGGUGAAGUCAGCGUCACCCCCAUGGAAAACGCCAAGACCUUCGUCAACGGGAACCUGGUCUCUGACACCACAGUCCUGCAUCAUGGCGACAGGGUGAUCCUGGGCGGAGACCACUACUUCCGCUUCAACCACCCGGCAGAGGUGCAGUCUGGGAAACGUGCGUCAUGCUGGACGGGCGCGGGCGAUGGCCAGAAGGACUUUGAGUUUGCAAAAAACGAGCUGCUAUCCGCUCAAAGAGCACAACUGGAAGCGGAGAUCGAGGAGGCCCGUCUGAAGGCCAAAGAGGAGAUGAUGCGGGGCAUCCAGGUGGCCAAAGAGAUGGCCCAGAAGGAGUUGUCGGACCAGAAAGCUCGUUAUGAGAACAGGAUCAAAGCCCUGGAGAGAGAACUGGAGGAGGAGAGCGAGAGGAAGCGGCGUCGGGACAUGGACCAGCAGCAGGUAGCCUCCAAGAUGGAGGAGCUGCAGUCGGCCAAGGUGGCGCUGCAGCAAGAGGUGGACACGCACAAGACACGCCUCCGCCUCCACAUGGAGGCCCAGGCCACACGGCAGGCCAUGGCCGACCACGGUGUCCGGCAGGCCAAGGUGGUGGAGGCCCUCGAGGCAGAGAAGAGGAAGAUCGGCAAAGACCUCGAGGAGAUGCAGAGGAAACUGGCACUGAAAGGAAGCCGGACUCCGAAAAACGUCCCUCCUCAGUGGGAUGCCAUGAAGUUGUCUCUGAUGAUCGAGGAGGCCAACAAGAUCAGUGGCAAACUCAAGAAGGACACCGUUUUCAGCAGACAUGAGGGGUCUGAGAAGAAGGGCGGAGAGGGAGAGCUGCAGGUCCAGGUCCAAAACACCAUACAAGGCAUCUCCACCUUCUGGAGCCUGGAGAAGUUCCAGAGCAACCUGGCCACCAUGAGGGAACUCGACCAGGGGGACCGCAGCACCUCUAAAGAUGACGACGUGUUUUACGACCCCAAUGAUGAGUGGGAACAAGAUAUAUCCGCCUCCUCAACAGCCGCCUCCUUUUCACGCAGAAGGAGCAGAAGCCUGUUGAAGAACAGCAGGAUUUCAGGGCGUCUCUAUGAAAUCAGAGUGCACCCUAUUCAGGGCCUUCAUAACAGCAACUUCUCACAGUCCUCUGGUCUGAUGGGUGUGGCCAAACCACCCUCUCUGCACCCCAGCUCGUCAGACUCUGCCCUGCCGGGGAUCUGCAAAGAUCUGAUUGGUCAGACGGUGGGCCAGCUGCGCCAGUGUCAUAGCCACGAGGAGAGCAUGGCAGACAGGCUGACCUCUGACCUCUACUGUGUGUACAUGGCCGUGACGACCAUCUCCGACCUGUAUAACGGCCUGGAUGAUGACAGUCAGGAGAACAUGUUUGUGUUUGAGGCUAAGGCCCAGGGCCAGCUUGUGAAGGCCACGUCAGCCAUCCAGAGAGCUGUGUUCAUCACCAUGCAGUGGGUGGCCAGGGUCAAGCCCAGAACCGGAACGUUCCACACUAAUGCAGAGGAGCUCAAGACCCAAGUCAAGAGAAUGGGUGGCUACUUUCAGCUUCUCAUCCAGGGCUGUGACUCUGAGAUCUCGUCCAUGGUGACCGAGGCCCACAGGAAGAGUAGUCAGUGUCUGGACACGGCCCUGCAGGUCAUCAGCCACCUGGCCGCGCUGACAGGCACCCAGCUACACGUGACAGAGCUGUGCGCCGAGGCCACGGGCAAGCGGUCUGUGGUCCUGUCUCUGUUGGAGGGGACCUGUAAAGGGGUCCACUCUCUCCUGGAAGAGGGCCUGACUAUCUCCAAAGAGAUGCUGAGAGAUGCUCAGCUGUCCUACCCCAGGACUCUGGUUUUGCAGAGCCUCAAGUCGAAGAUGCUAGACCUGUCCUGCGCUCUCCAGAGCUACAUCCACUGCCAAAUGACGGAGAAGGAUGAAGGCUUGGAGAGGAGCGGUGAGGACCCUGAUCUGUCACAGCUGCACAGAGUGACGAACACUGCGGCCAAACUGUUCCAGCUCAACCAGGCCCUCAGGCAGCUCCACUCUGCUCUCUCUCUGGCUUUCCCAGGUAAAAGCAGUGACUCCAGCCUCAGUGCCUGCCGAGAAGCUGUCUUCUCCUCGUCCGAGACCAUCGACGGGGUCAUCAACAGCCUCCCCAGGGGCGUCACGCGGUCGGCUACCACAAACCUCAGCCUCCAUCUGCCCUGCCUGCAGACCGUCGUGGCGGCCCGGGAUGAGCUCCACUCUGCCCUGCAGUCCCUGCGUAACGCCUUCAACCCCCAGGGCCAUGAGGACGACAAGAGAGGGUCUUCUGGAUCAGAGAAGAGCUUAGUGGAAAGGGGUCUGACGAAGGAGUGGCCCCUGGUGGCUUCUGCCAUGGAAAGGAACAGAGGAGCCCCUAAGAUUGUUUAUUCUCUGUCUUCAGGGGUGUCUUCGUCUAAUGGUGACGUGUGUUGGGUUUGAUGGGCAUUGCGUUUGAUGCACAGGCGCGAUGAGCUGAUCUGGGUCGUGUUCAGUAGGCUUGAAACUGCAGAAUUACUGGGAAAUGGGGAGGUAGUGUGAUCUGAACUUGUCCAAUAAGGAACACUUGUUUUUGGUUUCAAAACAUUUUGCUAAGGUAUGCCCUAAUGAACAUGACCCAGAUGAUCAAUGUAAAAAAAGAUACUGGUUCAAUGCCAUUGAUAGAAAGAACCGACAGUGAGAAUGUUUAUGUCAAAGGUCCAUCCAAUUGCACUAAAACCUGAGGUUUGCUUUAUUUUGGCCAGUAGAGAUUUCAUUAGAUUUGAAAGUACUUGGUAUUUGGUAGCUGAAUUGUACAGCAGUGGAUUUGUUUGCUAUUUGGGUUAGAUCUUCUCAUUCUUGGUUCCUUUUAUGUGGAACGUCUGUUUUUCAUAUUGUUGCAUUAAUACAUAUGUAGGUGAAGGCACAACAGCUUAAUGUAGCUCACUCAAAGCUGUUAGAGGUCACAUGUACAUCACAAGCUAUACAUCCGAGGUUUCAUCAGUGCAUCAAUUAUAUUCACUCAACCUUUUGGCUUCUCAUUCAUGACACUUUUUAUUCUCUCUUGGUAAAGAUUUUAAUUUUGAUACCUCACAAUUGUGGUCCUCUGUAGCUCAAUUGGUAGAGCACGGCGCUUGUAACGCCAGGGUAGUGGGUUCGAUCCCCGGGA